UACUUCAUGAGACGAUGCAAGACAAUUCAAAUGCUGUUCCUCUGUUUGAUGAUGAGGAUGCGAGUAAGUCAUGAGCGGCCCACGUCGAAAAAGCUGCUGGAACAAAUGCUGCCUGCUGACACUUUUGACGUCAUCCGGAGAAUACCUCGCUCCGAUGAACCCGGUCCGGAUGCCAAAGGCGAUCUGAUGCUGUUGCAUGCUCCCUGCGAGUUUGACUUGAUAAGAUACACAUCGAUUAACUACUUUCCCAGUUAUUGCCUCCCCGUCUACACAAAUCGGCACGUGAACGAGGACUGGUAUCGACUUUAUAGGACCUACGACACCGAGGGCUAUGUAUUCGGGCAGUUUUACGAGCGCCUCCAGCGGUACGAGUUGGACUGAAUAAAUGCCC